UGGGCUUUGGCUUUCCAUGGUUACCUUUUUCUUUUCUUUUUUAAUUAAAAUAAAUAUAUCCCCUCCCAACCAAGCACAAAUCCAUUUAUUUAUUUUUUUUUUAAAAUAAAAAAUCCCCCGUGAACAAAGCCAUGGAUAAAAGAGAAGCAACACGUCUAAAGCAUAACUGCAUAAGCUGUCAUUGCUUCCCUCCUUUCUUUUAACACCACCAUUGGUAUUUGCUAUUUGUUACUACAAGUAGUACAAGCGCAAGAUCUAAGGUGCGAUAUUAGAAGAUCGAAAAUGAUGGAAUUAAGAGAAGGCAAGGCAUUAGCACCCUCUGCUGAUCUGUUAGUAUGCUUCCCAUCUCGGGCUCAUCUUACGCUAAUGCCAAAGCCCAUCUGCAGCCCGGCCCGGCCCGCGGAGCCCAACAAGCGCCACCACCGUAAGAAAUCGUUCUCCAGAGGAGGCGGGGGCCCAGCGAGUCCUCUGUUAUGGGCCAAAACAAAGUCAAUGGGGUCGGAAAUUACAGAACCAACCUCCCCGAAGGUGACGUGCGCCGGGCAGAUCAAGGUCCGGCCCAAAACGACGUCGUGCAGGAGCUGGCAAUCGGUGAUGGAGGAGAUAGAGAAAAUCCACACUGACAAGAAACAGAGGAAGCGUCUGGGCUGGGCCGAGACGCUCGGUUUCAAGAAGGAGAUAAUGCAGUUCUUGACGUGUUUGCGAAGCAUAAGGUUCGACCUUAGAUGCUUCGGGUCCUUCUCCGAAACCGACAUCGUCACGGAAGAAGAAGAAGAAGAAGAAGAAGAAGAAGACGUGGGUGUGGAAAGCGAUGACAAUGAGGCAUCGAGGACUGUUUUCUCGAAAUGGUUCAUGGUGUUGCAGCAAGAGAAUGAGAGCAAGAACCGGAGAGAAGAGACAGAGGAGAGAGAUUAUGGUAAUGAGGAGGAAAGUGUGUCGGUUCCUCCUCCGAACGCAUUAUUGCUCAUGCGAUGUAGUUCUGCGCCGGCGAAAAGUUGGGUGAGAGAGAGAGAAAAAGAAAAAGGGGAAAAGAAGGGGCAGAGUUUAAAGUCGUUGAUGGAGAAGGAGAAUGUUGUGGUGAUGCGAUAUGAUUCUGAUUUUUACGACAUUUCUUCUGAGGUUGGCGGCACCAGUGAUCUCAUGUUCAGGAGUCGAAGUUGGAAAACAUGAGAAUGAGAUCAUCGUCCACUAUUUUUUCGUAUGAAUUUUCCUUUACGAUCCACACUUAAACUUUUUUUCUUCCAGUUUCUGCCCCGGAAAUACUACUACUUUGGUGUGAUAAACUGGGAAAUUUAAUAUCAAAAUCCCCGUUUUAGCUUCUGCUAUUUACUCAAGUUUGUUAACCUGUAUAGCUUACUUUCUGAUUUCUUUGUAUAAUUAUCCCGUUACAUAUUUUUUUGCUGUCUUGUACGUGAAUGAAUCUGUUUACUCUCUCUUGUGUAGA